AUGGUUAGUUUAAAUACACAACAUGGACGAAGCGGAGGAGGAAUGUCAUUUGAUGAUCGAUUGAUCAAUAUAAAUGAAGAUGUUAUACAAGAGGAUAUUCCUCUUAUUGCAACUACAGAACAACAAUAUCGACGAAUACGAACAACUGCUUUUAUUAUAAUUCAUAUUUUAUUUGUGAUUGCAUUUGAAACGGUCAUUGUACUAUUUCCAUUUUUAUGUUACGAUAGAAAAAUAGAAACGGAAAUAUGUCGUUAUCAUUCACCAUACAAUAUUUCAUUAUAUAUACAUGCUGGUGCUUAUAUUGUCACUGUUGCAUUUGAUCGUUUAUAUCACUAUCAUCAAGAUUUAUCUCGACGUAAUGGUUAUCUUGAAUUUUAUCGUCGAACAAGGAAUUUAAGACGUACACCUUUAAUUAUUAUCUCAACAGGUAAUGCAAUUCUUGUUGCUAUGAUUAAAUUACUUGAAGAUUAUCAAACAUCGAUAUUACCAUUUCAACCAUGGCAUUGUCUUGCAAUUCUUUCGACUAUUGAAGUACUAAUUACCUUAAUUGUACUUCUAUGGUAUCUUGUUAUUACUAUUAAAUUUAAUAAAGAACGUGCAUAUCCAGAUGCAAGACAAGAUGAUAUACUUUCAACUUUUGUUACAUCACAAACAUCAGCUAAUGAAAUUGGUUAUCGUGAUGAAACAUAUACAGAAAAUGUUCUUGAAAAACAAGGAGAUCUUAUUCGAUAUUUACGUGAACGUAAUGAUCAUUUAGCUCGUCUUGUUCAUCAAUUUAAACAACAAUUAAAUCUUCAACAAACUACAUAA